AUGAUGCUGCUGAACUUGCAUCCAGGGAGUGUGAUAGCGGUGGGCGUCCUUCUGCCCGCCCUCGCCUCGAUCGCUCUCGCUCUUCGUUUCUACAGCCGCCAUCGCUUAUGCAUCCUGCUGAGGGAGGACGAUUGGAUUGGAUUAGUGGCGUGUGUGCUUGUUUGGGGGCUUGGCAUCACUAACAUUGCUGGGGCGGCGCUGGGAGCUCUGGGGGCACAUUCGAAGCCAGCGGGACCUAAUGCGCCUCACCAUGAUACGAUUGUGAGGGGCCGGAGGGAUGAAAUUGCCGAACAGAUUGUGCUCGGGUACAGCGUGGUCGAAAAGAUCACGUUCGGCGUGAUCAAGAUUGGCGUCAUUUUGGCCUAUCGGAGGAUGUUCAGAGGGAAAAGAUGGUUUGAUCUCGCCUCGCUGAUCAUGAUUAUUGUGAAUACCCUCCUCGCCGUCGCAUUUCUGAUCGUCUCUGCUUGUCAGUGCAAGGUGCGCAAUUGGAAUUUGAAGUAUGUGGACUGGUCGCAUCGACGCCAUUGCGUGCAAGCAGAAGUCUCGUGGUCUGCUUUCGCCAUUUGCGAUGUUAUCACCGACAUCCUGCUCUUGUUACUACCAAUCCCCAUGGUGUGGAUGCUGCAGCUUACCACUUCCAAGAAGAUCAGUGUGAUGUUGGUCUUCCUUCUUGGGUCUCUUUCAACGGCGGUGGGAAUCGUAAGGAUGGUGGUCAUUCUAUAUUUCACUUAUGGUAGGGCAAGCUCAGGCUGGAGCAAGGGGAAACCGCUAACGAAUGAUAUAGGCAGCGGUGAUGGAUACCGAGACCUAUUGGACACGAUCUCGACAGCUCUCAUAUGGAGUCUAGUGGAAGCCUCCGUGGCAAUCAUUGCCUCCUGCCUGCCCUCUAUACGGCCGCUGAUCCACCGAGCUUCCGACAGCAGUGCCAGAAGCAAGGGAAUGACCACAAGUAGAGAAUUCGCCUCGAAACGGAGAGCCUCUAGAUUACUUCAAGAAAACUUGUAUGAAUUCGACCGGAUCGAAGACAGGCCGUGCCUGAAGUCUGCAGACGAAGAGUCACGUAGAUAG